AUGACCGAAAUGCGUGCCCUCAUCCAGCAAGCCGCCACCUCUAAAACCCUCACUUUAACAAAAACACCACUUCCAACCCCAACGCAGGAGGAACACCUGAUCCAGGUGAAAGCAUGCAGUCCCUGUGCAGGAGAACUCCUCUGGCCAGCCAACUUUCCACCCGCCAACCCACGUACUCUGAUCCCAUGCCCCGACGUGGCGGGAGUAGUGGUCUCGGCCCCACCAGGCUCUCCAUUCCAGCCCGGUGACUCUGUCUACGCGCGCACCAACUACAUUCGACCCGGCAAUGCGUGUGACUAUACUGUCGCUCCUACAGAUGAGCUGGCGCAUAUGCCGAAAGGGAUGAGCUUUGUCCAGGCUGCCGCGGUACCUGUUUCAGCGCAGACGGCGUGGCAGAUUCUUCUUGUGCAGACUUUUGGGGAGUUGGAUUGGGAAGCCGCGAAGAAAAUCUGGGGCGGCAAGAAGGUUCUCGUUACGGCUGCGUCUGGGGGUGUUGGGAUGUGGGUUGUGCAGUUGGCGGGGUUACUGGGGGCGGAGGUGGUAGGGACCGCUGGCGGGAAUAUGGGGGUUGUGAAAGAGUUGGGUGCGGAGGUGCUUGACUAUCGGACCACUGACUUGAAGGCAUGGGCGAAAGAGGAGAAGGUGGAUGUUGUUAUUGAUUGUGUUGGGGGAAAAUCUUUGCGGGAUGCAUGGUGGACUGUUAAGGAUGGAGGCGUGGUGCUGAGUAUUUUCCAGCCACCUUUGAUGGUCAUCCCGGAAAAUUUCGAGGGUAAAGGUGUGAAAGAUGUAUUCUUUGUUAUGCAACCUGUUGGCGAUCAGCUGAAGGAGAUCACCAAAUUGAUCGAGGAGGGGAAAUGCCGAGGGAUUGUUGACAGUGUUUGGCCGUUUGAGCAGUAUGAGGAGGCAUUCAGGAGGCUGGAUACAGGUCACGCAAAGGGGAAGAUCAUCUUGGAUCUUGGACUGAAUUAG